AUGCCAGAAAUGUUAAUUGACAAUAAUAAUAUCUCAACACAAGAUUCGGCACCUUGCCCAAUCUACACGUGUCAAAUAUCAAACAAGAAUGAAAUAAAAGUCGAACAAUCAUGUACCGUAUGUAUGGAAUCAAAACCAUGUAUAGAUUUUGAAACACAAUACAAUAGUGACUGUACACAUUCAACUCGAACAAUCUGUAAUAGUUGUACGUAUGAAUAUUUGCGUAAUAAUUGGAAUAUUGGCUCCGAAAUUUCUUGUCCAGAAUGUUCUAUUCCUUUAUCUCAUAAUGCCAUUAAAUUGAUUCUCUUCGAGAAUGGUGAUAUUACUCUCUACAACCGUUAUAUACAAUUUGAACUUAAUAGAAUUCUUGAACAAAAUCUCGAAUUUGUUUGGUGUUCACAUGGUUGUGGUUCGGGUCAAUUGAAUGAAGGUGCAACAAUGAAUAAUACUAUUGAAUGUGUUAAUUGUCAUAAAUUAACUUGUUUCACACAUAAAUGUCCAUGGCAUGAUGGAAUGACAUGCGAAGAAUAUGAUAUGCCUCGAACUAAUGGACAAUUACAUGCUAGUGAACGUUGGAUCAAAGUGCAUACUAAAGAAUGUCCCACAUGUCACUCUCAUAUUGAGAAAAGUGAAGGUUGUGAUCAUAUGACUUGUUUGAAAUGUAAGCACGAAUUCUGUUGGGAAUGUUUAGUUCCUUAUUCAAGUAUCAAAAGGCAUGGUGCUUACUUACAUGAUCGUAAAUGUAAACAUUAUCCUGCUACAGAGACACGAAAUCUUUUCAAGCGUUUUAUUGAUCUCUUCUAG